AAUGUGCUUUGCAGUUGGCAAUCUACUAAAACCUACGCUAUCGAACAAAGAAACCCAGCUCCAAUCUCGUCUUUUCUUCGCAGUUGGCCAAAACCCAGAUUUCGCCAAUAAACCCCAAGCAUAAGGCUGAUCUAGAUUCCCUAUUGGCACUGUAUUCUUCACCAAUUUAUCCCUACAUGCAAUGUCUGUUCCCGUCGAAGAAGCCAUUGCAGCUUUGUCCACGUUUUCCUUGGAGGAUGAUCAGGCAGAAGUUCAAGGACCUGGAGUUUGGAUAUCAACUGAAAGGGGUGCAACUAAUAGUCCAAUUGAGUAUACUGAUGUUUCUGCAUAUCGGCUAUCUUUAUCAGAAGACACAAAAGCCUUGACUCAGCUGAAUGCUCUUAUUCAAGAAGGAAAAGAUAUGACAUCUGUGCUCUACACAUACAGGAGUUGCGUCAAAGCACUUCCUCAGCUUCCUGAUUCCAUGAAGCACAGUCAGGCUGACUUAUAUCUAGAAACAUAUCAAGUUCUGGACCUGGAAAUGAGUCGUCUACGUGAAAUUCAGCGAUGGCAAGUAUCAGCAUCAGCUAAACUAGCAGCUGAUAUGCAACGCUUCUCCAGGCCGGAGAGACGUAUCAAUGGCCCUACCGUAACUCAUCUCUGGUCCAUGCUAAAGUUAUUUGAUGUUUUAGUGCAACUUGACCAUCUUAAAAAUGCAAAAGCAAGCAUACCCAACGAUUUCUCUUGGUAUAAGAGGACCUUCACCCAAGUAAGUGCUCAAUGGCAAGACACUGAUACAGUGAGGGAAGAGUUAGAUGAUUUACAGAUCUUUUUAAGCACAAGGUGGGCAAUUUUGUUGCAUUUGCAUGUUGAGAUGUUCCGUGUGAACAAUGUUGAAGAUAUUCUUCAGGUCCUCAUAGUCUUUGCGGUUGAAUCGUUAGAGCUGGACUUUGCCCUUCUUUUUCCAGAAAGGCAUAUUCUACUUAGAGUUUUGCCUGUUCUUACUGUCCUAGCAACAUCAUCAGAAAAAGACAGUGAAUCACUUUUUAAAAGGGUGAAGUUAAACAGAUUAAUCAAUAUAUUCAAGAAUGAUCCAGUUAUACCUGCAUUUCCUGAUCUUCAUUUGUCUCCUGCUGCAAUUUUGAAAGAGUUGUCAAUUUACUUCCCAAAAUUCUCUGCUCAAACUCGACUUCUAACUCUUCCAGCAACUCAUGAGCUCCCAACUCGUGAAGCACAAGAUUAUCAGCGACAUUACCUCAUCAUCAAUCACAUUGCAGCAAUUCGAGCAGAACAUGAUGAUUUUGCUAUUCGUUUUGCAUCCUCUAAGAAUCAGCUAUUGUUAUUGAAAUCAAUGGACGAUGCUGAUAUCGAGUGGGCCCAAGAGGUCAAAGGAAGCAUGUAUGACAUGGUUGUUGAAGGUUUUCAGCUUCUCAGUCGGUGGACUUCACGCAUCUGGGAGCAAUGUGCGUGGAAAUUUUCUCGCCCCUGCAAGGACCCAUUUCCUACAGAGUCAGAUACAUCGACACUGUAUUCAGAUUAUGAAAAGGUAGUGCGUUAUAAUUACGGUCCUGAUGAGAGGAAAGCUCUGGUUGAGCUUGUGAGCUACAUCAAGAGUAUUGGAUCCCUGAUGCAGCUGUGUGAUACAUUAGUAUCUGAUGCCUUAUGGGAAACAAUUCAUGCUGAAGUACAAGAUUUUGUGCAAAACACGUUAGCUAGUAUGUUGAGAACAACAUUCAGGAAGAAGAAAGACAUUUCCAGGAUUCUGUCUGAUAUGAGGACUCUUUCAGCAGACUGGAUGGCCAAUACAAGCAGACCAGAAUCUGAGUUACAAACUUCACAACAUGGAGUUGAAGAAAACAAGGAAAACUUCUUUUAUCCAAGACCAGUUGCACCAACUGCCGCCCAGGUCCAUUGCUUGCAGUUCCUUAUAUAUGAGAUUGUGUCAGGGGGUAAUCUUAGGAAGCCUGGAGGCCUCUUCGGGAAUACUAGCUCUGAGAUUCCUAUUAAUGAGUUGAAACAAUUGGAAACAUUCUUCUACAAGCUCAGUUUCUUCCUUCAUAUAUUAGAUUACUCAGAAACAAUUGCGACUUUAACGGAUCUUGGGUUUCUUUGGUUCAGAGAGUUCUAUUUAGAAUCUUCACGUGUUAUUCAGUUUCCCAUUGAAUGCUCUCUUCCAUGGAUGCUAGUAGAUUAUAUAAUUGAGUAUCAGAAUGCAGGCCUUCUGGAGAGUGCUUUAAUGCCAUUUGACAUCUAUAAUGAUUCUUCACAACAAGCAUUAGUCAUUCUUAAGCAACGAUUCCUCUAUGAUGAAAUUGAAGCAGAGGUUGAUCAUUGUUUUGAUAUAUUUGUUUCAAAGUUGUGUGAGACUAUUUUUACACACUACAAAAGCUGGGCAGCAAGCGAACUUCUGGAUGCAUCAUUUCUUUUUGCUUUGGACAAUGGACAAAAGUUCUCCCUCCAGUCUAUGAGAUUUACUGCCUUGCUAAAGACAACACGUGUAAAGUUGCUUGGACGGACAAUUAAUUUAAGAAGUUUGAUUGCUGAAAGGAUGAACAAAUCAUUUAGAGAUAACAUUGAAUUUCUUUUUGAUCGGUUUGAGUCUCAGGACCUAUGUGCUAUUGUGGAGUUGGAAAGACAAUUGAAUAUUUUGCAACUUUCUCAAGAGUUAUUAUCAAAAGAUAUCAGAAUAGACUCUUUCAGUCUCAUGUUGAAUGAAAUGCAAGAGAAUAUAUCUUUAAUUUCAUAUUCAAGCCGACUGGCAUCACAGAUUUGGGCUGAGAUGCAAAAUGACUUUCUACCAAACUUUGUUCUUUGCAACACGACCCAAAGAUUUGUUAGAUCACUGAAGGCCCCUCUUUCCUCCGUUCAGAAGCCUUCAGUUCCUACAACAAAGGCAAAUUUCUUGUGUGGGACUGAGGAUUUGAAUUCAGCACACCAAAGCUUUGCUCAGUUGCAUAGUGGAUUCUUUGGCAUACCACACAUGUUCUCUAUUGUCAGGCUUAUAGGAUCUAAGUCAUUACCUUGGCUUUUGCGUGCCCUACUCGAUCAUAUUUCAAACAAGGUUAACUCCCUUGAAUCAAUGAUUGCAGCAUUACAAGAUGCCUUGCCCAAAUCGAAUGGGCUUCUUCCUUUUGAUGGUGGAGUUGCGGGUUGUUUGAGGCUUAUCAAAGAGCAGCUUAACUGGGGAUCAAAAACAGAGCUCAGAACAGAGGUCCUACGUGGGAUUAAGGAGAUCGGGAGUGUACUAUACUUGAUGGGACUUCUGGAUAUUGUCCUGAGGCAAGUAGAUACUGUCCAUUUCAUGCAAACAGCACCUUGGCUAGGGUUGGUUCCAGGUGCAGAUGGUCAAAUAUUGCAGUCUCAAGAAGGAGGAGAUAGUCCUAUUGUUACUCUUUUUAAAUCCGCCGCAGCUGCAUCUGUCUCAGCACCUGGACUGUCAAAUUCUGCAUUGUUUUCUACCAUAUCAAAGCAGGCAGAAGCAGCUGAUCUGUUGUAUAAAGCUAAUUUGAACAGCGGAAGCGUGCUUGAAUAUGCCCUAGCUGUUACAAGUGCAGCCCUUGAUAAAUACUGCAGUAAAUGGAGUGCAGCUCCGAAAACGGGUUUUAUUGAUAUUACAACUUCAAAAGACUUCUAUCGCAUUUUUAGCGGCCUCCAAAUUGAGAAUCUGCAGGAACAGGUACAGUCAACUAAUCAUGAAGUGCUGGGAGAUUCUGUAGCUUGGGGGGGUUGCACCAUUAUAUACCUGCUUGGCCAACAAUUGCAUUUUGAACUCUUUGAUUUCUCAUGUCAAAUCCUUAAUGUUGCCGAAGCAGAAUCUGCAUCGAUCAUUCAUGCCCAGAAGAAUGCGUCUUCUCAGGGUGGUGGUUUGGCAAUCCUACUAGAAGCUAUGAAGAAGGCUAGGCGACUAAACAGUCACGUGUUCUCAAUGUUGAAAGCACGUUGCCCCCUUGAAGACAAACAAGCAUGUGCUAUUAAACAAAGUGGUGCCCCUCUCCACAGAAUCAAGUUUGAAAACACUGUCUCCGCAUUUGAAACAUUGCCACAAAAGGGUGCUUGAGGAGCAUAAUAUUAACUAAUUAAAACUGGUAUGUUUUCAUUCAUCAUCCCCCUAGCUAGUAGUACAUUUUUGUUUGUUUGUUGUGCUUAUAUAAAUUCAUGUUGUAAGGGCUUGUUUAUGAGGUUGGUUGGUUCUCUGGCUGGUUCUUUAAAAUUAAUGGAAGCUAGCUUCAUACCUCUCCCCACUCUAGUGUACUGUUAAUAAAGGGUAUUCUUAUUUAUU